AUGCCUGAACUAGCGAAGUCUGCGCCCAAGAAGGGCUCCAAGAAAGCCGUGACGAAGACUGCGGCCAAGGGCGGCAAGAAGAAGAGGAAGACCAGGAAGGAGAGCUACGCUAUUUAUGUGUACAAGGUGUUGAAGCAGGUCCAUCCCGACACCGGCAUCUCCUCCAAGGCCAUGGGCAUCAUGAACUCGUUCGUCAACGACAUCUUUGAGCGCAUCGCAGCUGAGGCGUCUCGUCUGGCGCACUACAACAAGCGCUCCACCAUCACUUCCAGGGAGAUUCAGACCGCCGUCCGUCUGCUGCUGCCCGGGGAGCUGGCGAAGCACGCCGUGUCUGAGGGCACCAAGGCUGUGACCAAGUACACCAGCUCCAAGUGA